UCAGAAAUGGUGGUCCAUCUAGUCUAAUGUUCUAUUUUCAGCUGUGGCUAGUCAUAACCUUCAUGAUUCCUGUUCUGUUCACAUUAUAUCCUAAUUGUGGAUAUGCCUGUUCUAUGUCUAUGAAGUGGGGGCAGGAAUUAGGCAGGACAAAAGACACUAACUAUGGUUUCUCUGCUGCUGCUUUAUCAGUGGCUGCUAUUGUAUGUUGCAGAGGAAAUUGCAGGUAUUUGUGCAGUAAGUGCAUAUUCCAUUUAGAGUUGCUGCUGCUGCGUCUUUACUAGCAGCUAAAAAUGAUAAAGAUGAAACAUUUGCUGGUUUGAUGUAAAGGGGAAAUUCCACCUGCCUAAUUUCUCUGCAUUGGAUGCAGUGUCAGGGUUGAUAAAACAGUGGCAAACUUAAUACCAUUACAAAACAUUUGUUCUUAAAAGGUGCAUGUAUGCACUUCUGGGCUAAACCCAAAUCUGCACGAAUUAAGUCACUUUGGAUUCAGUUCCAGGGUCCUAUUGAUGGACGCACACAGCAGGUUCAGAACAUUUGGUGUUCUAAGUCCCAAGAUGAAUUGCAUAGCAACUAGGACUUUUGUGUUCUUUUAAUUUUUAUUUGAAUUUGAAAGUUGAUCUAAUGACAGCUGAGUAGUGUUGCUAAGUCCAGUCCUUGAGAGGGUUCCAGUAAAAGUUGCACUGAAGAGAACAUUUCCUCCAGGUGGGUUUUUCUACGGCUGUACCACUGAGAUAAGAAGAAAAUGCAUUAAUAUGACUGGAUGCAAUGGAUGACAGUAUUCUUGUACCUUUAAUAUUUGGUCAUAAAGGGAGCCCAUUUCAGAUUGUCAUACAAAUAAUUACUGUUAGGCAGGCAGGCAGGCAAAACAUCUCGAUACCUGCUGAAAUUCCUUCGCCAUGGUACAAUGUACAGGUAAUGAUGUAGCAGGUGGGAAAGAUUUGACUGUUCUUUUUCUUUUGCUUUAGUUUGUUGCCCAGCCAAACUGCCAACAACUGCUUGCCUCUCGCUGGUAUGAUGAGUUCCCUGGCUGGAGGAGGCGCCACUGGGCCGUGAAGAUGUUGACUUGCGUCGUCAUUGGAUUUCUUUUCCCCGUCUUCUCUAUCUGCUACCUGAUAGCUCCCAAGAGCCCACUGGGUCUGUUCAUCAGGAAGCCAUUCAUCAAAUUUAUCUGCCAUACUGCAUCCUACUUGACUUUCUUGUUCCUUCUGCUGCUUGCCUCUCAGCACAUUGACAGGUCAGAUCUGAACAUGCAGGGACCUCCACCAACCAUCGUCGAAUGGAUGAUAUUACCGUGGGUCCUGGGGUUUAUCUGGGGUGAAAUUAAACAAAUGUGGGAUGGCGGCCUGCAGGAUUAUAUUCAUGACUGGUGGAACCUGAUGGAUUUUGUAAUGAACUCAUUGUACCUGGCAACAAUAUCUUUAAAAAUUGUUGCAUUUUCAAAGAUCUCUCUUGGAAGAAUGUUACUGGACAUUUUAAAGUUUCUUUUCAUCUACUGUCUUGUGCUGCUAGCUUUUGCAAAUGGACUUAACCAGCUAUAUUUCUAUUAUGAAACAAAUGAUGCCAAUCGCUGUAAAGGGAUUCGGUGUGAAAAUCAGAAUAAUGCAUUUUCAACUUUGUUUGAAACUCUCCAGUCACUGUUUUGGUCCGUGUUUGGGCUCAUCAACCUUUAUGUGACCAAUGUAGACGCACGGCAUGAAUUCACUGAGUUUGUUGGGGCUACCAUGUUUGGGACCUACAAUGUCAUCUCUCUGGUCGUCCUUCUCAACAUGUUGAUAGCUAUGAUGAACAAUUCCUAUCAGCUCAUUGCUGAUCAUGCAGACAUUGAAUGGAAAUUUGCUCGAACAAAACUUUGGAUGAGUUACUUCGAAGAAGGAGGGACUCUGCCUACUCCGUUUAAUGUCAUACCAAGUCCCAAAUCUCUCUGGUACCUGAUCAGAUGGCUGUGGAGACAAGUGUUCAGGAAAAAAAUCAGAAAGAAACCCGAAAGUUUUGGAACAAUUGGGAGGCGUGCAGCUGAUAAUUUGAGAAGGCAUAAUCAGUAUCAGGAGGUCAUGAGAAAUCUGGUUAAGAGAUACGUGGCUGCAAUGAUAAGAGAUGCUAAAACUGAAGAGGGGUUGACCGAAGAGAAUUUUAAGGAGUUAAAGCAAGAUAUUUCCAGUUUCCGCUUUGAAGUCCUGGGUUUGUUAAAAGGAAACAAGCUGUCUAACUUACAGUCCUCAAAAGUCAGCAGAGAAGAGUCCUCUUUGCCGGAAUCUGAUGAAGGAAAUGAAAAUGGAGGAGAUGAGAAAAUUAGGAAGAGAAACCUUAGCCUUUUUGACAUAACUUCAAUGAUUCACCCCAAAGCAGUGGCAAGAGCCUCUGAAGCCCACAGCCACAGCAAUGGGUCAGCCAUGAUGACAAGAGUUUCCUCCAAGGAAAAGCAGAGGAAAGUGAAUUUUGUGAGUGACGUGAAGAAGUUUGGGUUCUUUCAUAGACAAUCCAAAAGUGCUGAGCAAAGGACCAGUAUUUACUCGAUUUCUGAAGAAGUUUCCCGCCAACAAGCAGACGAAUGUGAGAAAACUCCUGAAAUGGGAGUAAAAGCAUUGGUUGUGAACUGUGAACUCAACAUUCGGGAUCUCAGCGAAAGCUGUACCGCAGGCACUCAUAAUCAGGCCAGAAAUGAGGCGCUGGACUCAAAGGUGGAUGAGAAAGUUGCUGCUUCUGAAAUGAAGAAGGCUAAUUUGCCCACACCAAAGGAUUCUCCGGACAAUGAGCAGGACUUCAGUAGUAGUGACUCUGUUGUGAAACAAGAAACAAUUGUUCAGGACAAUUACCUGACAACAAGAUUGUGAUGAGCGGAGGCAGAAGCCUAUAGAAACACACUUGGUGGUGGUGAUGCUUAAAUCAGAAAAUAAAGAAUCAAAGCAUUCAGAGGCCACAUAGCUGUAACAUAGCUCAGUGAAGAAGAGGAAAUGGAGGAGCCUUCUGUUUUUUAGCCUGCUUUAGCUUUCACAGCUUCUUUUACAUUUUUUAUUAAAUGGGAGCAUCUUGUAUUCUUGUACUGUUGCAAUAACCCACAGAUACUUUUUAGCUAUCUUUUUCAAUUUGAAAUAAAUGCCAUUUCUCUCCUGUGAUAGUUAAUUGCCUAUGGUAAAUAUUUUUCUAUGCAAAUAAAUGUAGCUUAACAAAGGUGAGAGCCUUUAUGAACCUUUUUUUAGGAUUCCUAAAAAUGGACGAGAGAGAAUUGUCAGUGCUUUCUGUCAAAGGGUGAUAGCCAAUAUUACUCUAUGAUUAAUGUCGGAUAUCUACUCUGACCCAUUGAAAGCAACGGACAACGUAAAUAAAUUGAUUUUGGUGGGUCUGCUCCGAAUAUGAUUUAGCUGGCUUUACCCAAAAUUAUUUAACUAGUUAGAAAUCUUAUUUAUAAAUAAAAUUUUAAACAGUGAAAUAAUUUAUUGAAAUUGUUAGUGCCUAUAAUUUACUAGUAAUCAUUUUGCUAUUUAUGUAAAAUAGCGUCAAUUUGUUAUUUAUGUAUGCCCUAUUAGCGACCACCAUUUCCACACCUAAAAAAUGUUGCAGUCGAAUUUUUAAAUUUGAAAACUUCAGAUAUAACCCUGCAGCAAAAUAAAAUACUAAGACUUCUUUAGUGGAAGAUGCCCAUACCAAAGCAACUUUGCACAUGCAUUUUGAUGGAAAAUGGGUUAAUCCAUCCUUAGCCUCUCCAAGCCACACACAUACCCCUCGAUGGUCUGGGUUGGGGGGGGGAGAGAGCAUAUUUUAUAAAAUGUCUCUGAAUGAUAACCUGGAAGCAGUUCUGACUCUCCACACACACUCAAGCUUGGAUUAAUCUGUGAGCCGUACUCUUUCGAGAAGUCUCUUUUCACUUCUGCAUUCAUAAUCCCAGUGUAUUUCACUAGCAACACAAGAGUGCUUCAGAAUAAUCUAAUUGAUGUGCUAUCAAAUUAUGACAAUCAUUCAAAAUCUUCUAAAGACAAAUCUGAACAGAAUCAGUCUCCUUUCCGAGAUGUUGGUGGCCUCCUUUCUGACUCUUUGCACAAUAAAUACAAUGGCUGGUAUUCAACUAAGUUUUAGUUAGAGUAGACAUAUUGGAAUUAAUGAACAUGACUGUGUUAGCCCCAUUAAUUUCAGUAGGUAUACUCUGACUAAAACUAAGUUGAAUGCCACCCGUUGGCUUUUAAAUGUACAAUAUUAUUAAUCUGAGAGUAUUUUCAUAAACAAGUGUUUUACUGUCAGCCAAAAUAAUUUUUGAAAUUAAACAGUCUUGUUUCUUUCUCA